CUGCUGGGUGCCGGUGAAUCCGGGAAGAGCACAAUUGUCAAGCAGAUGAAGAUCAUUCAUGAGGAUGGGUAUUCUGAAGAAGAGUGCCGCCAGUAUCGGGCUGUGGUCUUCAGCAACACCAUUCAGUCCAUUAUGGCAAUUAUUAAGGCUAUGGGCAACCUCAAGAUAGAUUUUGGAGACCCUGCCAGGGCGGAUGAUGCAAGGCAGUUAUUUGCUCUCUCCAGCACUGCCGAAGAACAGGGUAUACUCCCAGAUGACCUGGCCGGGGUUAUUCGCAGACUCUGGGCCGACCCAGGGGUACAGGCCUGCUUCAGCCGUUCCCGUGAAUAUCAGCUCAAUGAUUCUGCUGCAUAUUAUCUGAAUGAUCUGGAGCGCAUUGCUCGGUCUGAUUAUGUUCCUACUCAGCAAGAUGUUCUCAGGACACGAGUGAAAACUACUGGAAUCGUGGAGACACACUUCACCUUUAAAGACCUGCACUUCAAAAUGUUUGAUGUCGGGGGACAGCGUUCUGAGCGAAAGAAAUGGAUCCACUGCUUUGAGGGAGUGACUGCAAUUAUAUUUUGCGUGGCGCUCAGUGCCUACGACCUGGUGUUGGCAGAGGAUGAAGAGAUGAAUCGGAUGCACGAGAGCAUGAAAUUAUUUGACAGUAUCUGUAACAACAAAUGGUUCACCGAGACAUCCAUCAUCCUCUUCCUCAACAAAAAGGAUCUCUUUGAGGAGAAGAUCACCCGCAGCCCUCUCAGUAUCUGCUUCCCUGAGUACUCUGGUGCCAAUCAGUACGACGAAGCUGCUAGUUACAUCCAGACUAAGUUUGAGGAUUUAAACAAGAGGCGUGACACAAAGGAGAUAUACACACAUUUCACAUGUGCCACCGACACAAAAAAUGUACAGUUUGUGUUUGAUGCUGUGACGGACGUGAUCAUCAAGAACAACCUGAAGGACUGUGGCCUUUUCUAACCAACAGGGCCGAGCCAUUGAUGUGUGCGGGUUGGGGAGGGAAGCACCUUCCAGGCGUCUGUGGAUUUUACAGUUUUUAUCCCAAGUUUGUUGCAUUUUGUAAUUUUACCUUUCUCCUGCUGGAUCAAAGUGUGCUGAAUGGAGCAAUGCUCUUUCAAAAGCUGUGCUUCUCAGGCCGUGCUGGACAGUGUACAGUUCAUACCAAUUUUCACUUUUUAUAAACCUGGAACAUUGCCUGUGCUGCCAGGGGAAAGCAUUUUGGAAGCCUCCCCGUGUCUUUAAGGAAGUCCAAGGCCAUCCUGAAUCAUUCCUGGAUCCCACAAGCAGUUGCUAUUUCCCUGGGGGGCACUUCAUGUCUGUUCUGGAUACCCCCCCGUACCCUUUAAACCAAGGGCUGUUUUGGACCGUUUCAUGUUGCAUAUAAAAAGCACCAGCCUCUGAUUUCUGAUGCAUCUUUGUGCACGUGCAUGCAAGUGGUAAUGGUGAUUUAUUCCCUCCUUGGUCACAAAGACUUCACAUCUGCAGGCCCAACCAGCUGCAAUGGAUCAACCCAUUCUGUAGUUACAGCUCCCCUGCUAGUUGGGCCUUCAGUAGUCCAGUACAAAAAGCCUUUGGCCACCAGCAUUCCUACCUUCAUAACAUUCUUCUUGAUUACUGACUGCCAGAAUAGACCCAGCUCAGGGUUUGUUGCCUGCGGCAGUGGACUCCUUACAUUUUUUGUUUUGCCCAAAUGCUACAUGAAAGAGCAGAGAAGGUGCAGUACUGGCAAUGAAGGAUUAACCCUUCCCUGCUGAUUCACAUUCCUUUUUAAAAUCUUACUAAAGAAAGAAACCAUGAAAUGCAAAUGAUAACUAGAAUAAUUAGCUGGGGGUGGAGCCUUCUACCUGGGGAAAGUUGGGGGGCGGGGGGGGGGGGGGUGGAAGGUCCCCCCAGAAGGUUUCCACCAGUAGCUUUUUGUGCCUUUGGCUGAUCUGUGUGUUUUUAUAUUUUAUUUUGUUUUAUUAAUUAUUGUAACUUUAGCUCAGUAAAAACCUCAUUAAUAUUAUGCUCUUUAUUAACCCUUUCUUCUUCCUCAACCUCAUUAUUUCCUACUUCUUCUCUUUCUCAGUUCUCCUUCCAUAGCCUCUAAAUACCCCUAAGGCUCCACUCUCUCUCUUUCUCUCCUCUCCGAUAAGCACUUCCCCCCCGCCAACAUAAACUGAUUUUGUGGCAGCAAAGGAGUUAACAUUGUCCCAUUGUGUCCCUGUAUUGUUAUCGUGGACCGCACUGUUUCUAAAGAUGUGGGAAACUUUAUUUUUAUUAGUUUAAAUUAUUUUUGUAACAAUGAAGAUGUAAUACUGAGCUCCGCUUACUGUCCCCUCCGAGUGAGAAACCCCAUUUGAUUUGGCAGGUCCUAAAUGAAAGAUAGUGGCGAGGGGGCAAUGGCAGGUCCGUGGUCCUCACCCAUCCAAAAUAUUCCACAGGCCUUACCUUUCCCAUCACUGGGUAGUUAUUCCUGCAGAGAGCGGCUGCAUAAUCCCCAGCCUCAGUACGGCAAUGGCACAGACAGUUGGUGUGACUUGGGAUUUUAACGGGGUUAUUUAUUAAAAGACACUUCAUUUGCCCUGAAGCAGUAACCCAUAGCAACCAAUCAGCAGGUAGAAUUUACAGGUCACCUGUUUAAAAGCAAACAUCUUAUUGGUUGCCAUUGGUUACUGCUCCUGGGCAAACAUAGGGCCUUUUAUUAAAUAUGGGGGUUAAAGUUGUAGCUCUCUGCAACAAAAUCUCAUAAAUAGAAUUAGUUUGCAUUAAUGUAUUUAGUGACUGAUUUCGCAGCCUGAUUUGGCUGUAAUUAUUCUGGCCUUUACUGUUCCGAAUGUCACUCCCUAUGUCACCAGAUUAAUACACGGAGUUUGUCUCUUUAUAAAGUUAAAGGGCACAUAACCAUCAACGCUACUUAAAGACCAAAUACAAUGGCCCUCCAUGGCACAUACACCUAAUAAGCACAGCAGCAGCAGCAGCAAAUCUCAGGCAGUGCAAAUGGCACAUAGAAUUGUAUUUAUAUUAUAUUUAUAUAUGACACCUAAUGAUCCCGUCCAUGUGGGGAAGCCUUGCACAGACAGAGGAGGUGCCGCCAUCCCAUCACUCUCAAUACAAUAAGGAGCUUUAAGUGUCUGUGGCUUUUUUAUUCUGUUAUUAGUCUGUGUAUCACAAACCUUAAAAAAAAAAUAUACAAAUAAAAUCUACUGUUUACAUGCUCUAAAAUAUCAAAAAAAAGGAUACAUAGUUCCUUUUAACUCUUAAAUUGUCUUAAGAGCGACGCCCUAUGAAUUUUUUUGGAUGGUUGAGAGAGCUUGGGAAACGCACACAGACAGGGAACAACAGGGAGACCAAACAGAGCAAAGGUGACACAUAUCCAUGGGAACAGUGCCCAGAGAGGAACAGCAGGUAGACUUGCCUUUGUUAAGCCAAUCAUUCCCAGAUUAGGUCGGUGGGAAGGAACGAGCUUAGCCUUCGUCCUGUUGUGAUGGGUGGCGCCUGUUAGAAACUGCUUUUUAACUCCCUCGCAAGGACCGCAGCCUGUAUCUUUUUUUUUUUUUUCUCACUAGUUUUUUUUUCUCUAAAAUUGUUCACUUUUUAAAUAAUAAAAUGUAGAAAUUG